ACUUUCUUUGUUACUUUUAUGGAGUGAAAAUGGUGGACAAUAAUAGCCAAAAAAAUGAACCAUCAAGUGUUGUACACUAUUGUAAAAUAUGUAAGAGGGGAUUUAAUAGUGCUGGGGCACUUGGUGGACACAUGAGAUCUCAUGGAGCUUCAGGGGAUUCUACUAAUAGAAACUAUGGAGAAGAAAUUAGUGAACAAAAAUAUAUGAUCAAUAACUUUAGAAAGGAUAAAUCGGAGGGUCAGAAGCAACACUCGUAUAAUCUCCGUGCUAAUUCUAAUCGAUUAAUGUUGGGCAAUCGAUCAACAAGUGAUGAUGAUCGAGAUGUUGAAAAAUCGGAGUAUUAUUAUGGUCAUGAUGUUAAGGAGAAACAUUCUUCAAGAGAAGAAGAAGAAGAUCUCGCGAAUUGUUUAGUCAUGUUAUCGAACAAAUCUUAUGAUUUGUCCGAUAAAAACAACAAGGAGGCUAAAAACAAGGCUAAAGAAGUGGAAAAAGGUAUGUUCCAAUGUAAAGGAUGUAAGAAAGUUUUUAACUCCCACCAAGCUUUAGGGGGACAUAGAGCGAGUCACAAGAAAGUUAAAGGGUGUUAUGCUGCAAAAAUCGAUGACAACAUUAACGACGACAACAACAACAAUGAUGAUGAUGAUAAUGACAUCGAUGAAGACUCGAUGAUCUCUCCUAGUGAUUUAAUUUUUCAUCAAGAAUCUAACUCUUUUCAGUCCCAAUCUCCAUCAUCAUCAAGCUCGUUUUCAAGAAAGAGAUUGAGGGUUCACCAAUGCUCGAUUUGUCAUCGCGUCUUUUCAUCUGGACAAGCCUUGGGUGGACACAAAAGAUGUCAUUGGCUAACAUCAAUUUUGCCAGAGACUACUUUUAUACCUACUUUUCAAGAAAUCCAAUAUCACAACCAAGAACAAUUACUAUACAACAAGCCCUUAUUUACCAACUCUCAUCAGCCACUAGAUCUAAAUUUUCCAGCACAAAUAGGCAAUCCAAAUGAAGUUGGACUGAAACUAUACAAUAAUCCAUUUGAACAUGAAGGCCAAAGAAGCUAUCUCCAACUAUGGACAGACCAACAAGUUGAUACUAAACAAAAUCACAAGUGCAAGGAUUCAACAAAGGAUUUGAGUAGUGAAGAAAAUUGCAAGGCAAAGAAAGCAAAAUUGAGUAACCUUAAAGAUGUGAAUUUGGAUGGAGGUUCUUCCUGGUUACAAGUAGGGAUUGGUCCAACUCCUGAUAUAGUAGCAACCCUCUAAGGUUAGUAUCCAAGUUAUUGUUUUGUUAACUACAAAUUAUAUACAGUUUAAUAUACUCUCCGUUUCCAUUUAUAUGACAAGUAUUUUGAGACAUUUUACUAAUGUUUAACAUAUAUUUAUAAUAAAAUUAAUA